GCUUCCACUCAAAGCUUAUAACACUUCUCCUUUCGACCUUCCAGCAUCGGGCAGGUGUCAGACUCUAUACAUCGUGUUACCACUUAGUAGAGUCUUGUGUUUUUAAUAAACAGUCGCUAACCCCUAGUAUGUGCCGCUUUCCUAAUCAAAAGAUAGGAGAGCACCCCUUCUCCCGAAGUUACGGGGUCAUUUUGUCGAGUUCCUUCGACAUGGUUCUCUCAAGCGCCCUAGUAUACUCUACUUGUUCAUCUGUGAUGGAUUGGGGUACGGUCAGUUCACCGGGAGGAUUGCCCUCCCAAUUCAAAGUUUUUUCCUGGAAGUUUCAACCUGGUUGACUAUGACAACAGUCGCGACUAUAAACAGACUCGC